GAUCAAGCCAUGGCGCAGCGAGUAAAGGAGCAAGCGACCUGGAAGCAGCACCGGUUCCCGCCUUUGCCGGUGGAAGAUCCAGCGAAGGUCAUCUUUUUGGAUGUUGACGGAGUGUUGCGGCCUCUGACUGCCGGUGGCUUUAGAUCCAUGAUGGUGGACGGAGAGUGGGCGCUCCGGGCCGAGACCGCCGACUUCAUUUCCGGGGCCUUGCUUUCUUUGCGGCACAUCGUCGAGAGCACGGGGGCCAUCAUCGUCCUGUCGUCCGAGUGGCGCCGGGAUGCACCCAUGCGUGAAGGGGUCGACAACAUCUUAACCGAGUACGAGAUGCGUCCCUGUGCGACAUGGACCCCCACCGAUCUUCAACGGGACAUGGGCACCGAGAACCCAUUCAAGGUUCAGGGUGUGGGAUUUGGGGGCGUGAAGUGGGGAAAUCGUGCAGCUAUGACUCCCGGACUGCGCAGGAACAAGCACCGCAAGUUUGUCCGGAAAGCCAUGGCACCUGCCCUCCUCGGUCUUGGUCUGCUGCUGUUGGCCGCCGGAGGGAAGGAGCCUCAGGACUUCAAGCAAGGCUCCAGGACUUUCUGUGAUGACAGCCCUUCCCGAACCGGCUUCCUGCCGGCAGGGCGAGGUGCGCAGUACUUCUAUUGGCUGGCGGACACGCGCCGCAACGAUUCUGCACCCUUGAUUCUGUGGAUGACUGGCGGGCCUGGCUGCUCCUCGAUCCUGGCGAUGCUGACCGAGAAUGGCCCCUGCUUGAUUGAGAAGGGCAACGCAUCGGAGAAAUGGAGGAUGAGGCGGAACCCAUGGAGCUGGACCGAAGCUGGGACCGUCCUCUGGGUGGAUCAGCCUGGAGAGGUUGGGUUCUCCGUCGGAGCGGAGAGCGAUGACGAGCUGGAGGUGUCCGAACGGAUGCUGGUUUUCAUGCUGGCCUUCUACGAACGAUAUCCGUCCUUGCUGAAAGCGCCGCU